AAACAAAGUGAGUUUCAACCCCUCGUCAGAGCUGAAUAAAUCCCUCCCAGCUUGAGCUCUAAGCGUUUGUUUUACUUUUACCAGACUUGGAAUUGAAAGAACACAAAAUGAAAUCGACCUGAAGCUGUUCAUUUCAAAGUGCAACUCAUAGAAAAGUGACUUUUUUUUUCCCAAUGUGAGUUUCAUGAAAUCCAACUCUGACCUGUGGAUAAUUCACUAACUCCUGUUUGUUAAUUAUGGGAUACGGACAGCAAUUUGAUUCUCAGCAAAUCGUGGGGAUUGGUUGGGUGAGGGAAGUUUGUCAGGGUUGCGUUGUGUUUAGCGAUGAUACAUUGGGAAAAAACAAAGUUAAAGCCACCUACCCAUUGGACAGCAGGCUGGGAAGUUCAUGGGAGGUUGCUCUUGAGCUGAGCCAAUGAGAGAUCAAAGAUGUCCAAGAGGGAAGAGGAAGAACUCAUUCACAAACCUCCACGCCUGCUCAAUGAGUCAACACGUUCAGGAGGAAGAACGGCAGGACAGGCGAUGCUGUCAGACCUGCUGAGUUUUUCCAGGAGUUUGUGACGUGUGCUAUAAAACGCUUGGGAUGCAGGAGUGCUCACAAUAACUGCAGUCAGUUACUAAACAUCUCAGAUCCAUUUGAAAGCAUCAUUUAGGAACUUGUAGUCCAUACUUCUGAGUUUUGCGUUUUGUAGAGAUGGCAUACAUGGUGGUUAAGGAGCGAACAGAUUCAAUCCUUUGCCUUAAGAGAUCUCCAGGUGUUAGGUCCUGGUCUGUGUUAGUUGGAAUUGGUUCUAUUGGUCUAGCUGCUGCUUACUACAGUGCAGACAGUUGGGCAUGGAAGUUAUUCUAUGUAGUAGGCUGCUUGUUUGUGGCCAUACAAAGCUUGGAAGAUUGGGAGGAAGUCAUAUUUGACAAGACUAAAGGCACUGCAGUUCUUAAAAAUUUUAAUCUUUAUACAAGGAUAUUGACCAUGUGGAAUAAUAGUCAAGAACAAGUGGUGGCACAGCUUCAGCAUAUUCGUGCCGUUACUGUAGAAGAAGAGAGAGUCCGCUAUUUGGGGAAAGGUUACGUUGUAGUACUGCGGUUUGCAACUGGGUUUUCACAUCCACUUACCCAAAGCGCAGUGCUAAGUAAUCGCAGUGAUGUUGAUUCUGUAGCAAAUCUUAUAACUAACUUCCUGAACCUUAACAAACUGUCUUUUGAUGCUAAGCUGGGGUCUCCAGAUAGCAGUGAUGGCACCAGCAGUGACAAUGAAGAAGACUGAAGCAUUUCAUGGACAUUAAGGACACAACCAAAGUAAAUCCAGGGCUUUUAAAGUCUGGGCACUUGUGGAACAUUAAAGAAUCAUCCUCAAACAAACAAGUUGUGAAACUGCACAGGAAUCAAUCAAUCUUCAACUCUAAAUAACAUGAACAUGCUGGAUGGCAAACAUUUUUGCUGGUGAAAUAACAAACUAUAAUUUUCACAUUCCAGUGUCGCUGAUGUGAACUACAUGCUUUGGAAGAAUGCGACUUUUAUUGUACAUUUGAUCAAAAUUAUAAACUAAGAAAUAAUAGCCAGAUACUUAGGAAAUACUGAAUGGGUAACCUUGUUUCGUGUUGUGACUUUGUGCUUAUAACUGUGUACUUUCUGUUUAUAGUCCAUUUUAAUUCACUUUGUUUUCUCUUUGGGGUUUCUUGUAAAAAGAGAAUUCCUAUAUUUGUUUUCCUAUAAACUGAAAUAAUACAAUGAAAUGUAAAGAUGAUUUAUACAUUUAAGCAAAAGCAAGAAUGUGGAAGAUGAAUAGUUACAGUGUUAAACGCUGAGACCUUUUUGUGGUAUUUCAAAAUGAGGGUGGUUGGAUAAAUACAUUUUGUACACCAAUUUCCUUAUGGAUUUUUUUAUCAGAGCUAGAAGACUAUUAGAAGGCAAUUCAAUACUGAACACCCUGCACAGAAGGAAGUUAAUUUUAUAAGGGAGAUAGAAAAGUGAUGCUUGCAGAUUAUUUGAGGUUCCAGGAAUUGCAGAGGAGGUCCGAGGCUGGGAAUUUUGUGACGAGUAAUUCACCUCGUGAGUCCCCAAAGACUGUCCACCAUCUACAAGGCACACAUCAGGACUUGGAAUACUCCCCACUUGUUGGAAUCAGUGCAGUUCCAACAAUAUUCAAGAAGCUUGACAUCAUCUGGGAUAAUGCAGCCCUCUUGAUCAGCACCCCAUCCACGACAUUAAACAUUUAUUCCCUCCAAUGAUGCAUUGACAGGAGGACGUACCACCUACAAGCUGCAGAGCAACAACCUGCCAAGCUUCCUUCGACAACACCUUCCAAAUCUGCAAUCUCCACCAUCUAGAAAGACAAGAGCAGCAGGUGCAUAGGAACACCACCACCUGCAAGUUCCCCUUGAAGCCACUCAUCAUCCUGACUUGAAACUAUAUUGUUGCUCCUUCACUAGUCACUGGGUCAAAAAUCUGGAAUUCCCUUCCUAACAGCACUCUGGGUGUACCUACACCACAUGGACUGCAACGAAUGAAGAAGCAGGCUCACUACCACAUUCAAAGGCAAUUGGGGAUGGGCAACAAAUGCUGACGUAGCCAGCGUCACCCACAUCCUGUGGAAAAAAUAAGAAAAAGCACUGUAAAUUACAACUACUCCCUGGGAAGGGGAGAAUAAAGCUCUGGCUUGAUAA